UUCAACCCCGUCAUAACCAUCUCAAGCAAACACCAUCCAACAUUCCUACGAGACCUCAUACAAUUCUCAAUUACGAGAAAUGCAGAUAUGGCGGCGUUCCUUCGCGACGUCUAUUGCAAGACUGAAUAAUCAACCACCAACCAGAAGUGCUGGUCCCGCACUUCUACGAUGCGCGCAGAUCCUCCAAGAAAGUAAGAAGAGCGGUGCCUGCGCUCUUGAAGAGCAGGAGAUCAAGGUACAAGGCUUCAUUCGAUCAGUACGAAAGCAAAAGCGCUUUGCUUUUGCGGAGAUCUCAGACGGGUCGACAAUUGAACCAUUGCAGGCUAUUCUGAAGCCUGCACAGGCGGCUGAUCUAUCUACUGGAACAGCUGUUGAAAUCUCUGGUCUAUGGAAAGCUUGUCCUCCGGGUAAGGAACAAAGCCAUGAGCUUCAGACGACCGACGUAAACGUCGUGGGCGCAGCAGAUGCAGAGACAUAUCCUAUCCAAAAAAAGUAUCACAGCCCCGAUUUCCUUCGUCAGAUCCCACACCUCCGUGUACGAACGCCAUUCAAUUCUCUCCUCUCGCGGUUUCGAUCAGAGUGCUUGUAUCAGUUGGGAAAUGUCUUUCGCAGUCAUCCAAGCGGUGGGUUUACGCAAGUACAGCCACCGUUGAUCACCUCAUCGGACUGUGAGGGUGCUGGUGAAACAUUCACAGUCAUACCGCGUGAGGCAUCCGGGUCGAAUGUUGAGGAGGAUCACUUCUUUCGAGCACCGAAAUACCUGACUGUGUCGUCGCAACUCCAUCUCGAAGCGUAUGCGGCCGAGCUUGGCAGUGUAUGGACGUUAUCGCCGAUGUUUCGAGCCGAAAAAAGCGACACGCCGCGUCAUCUGAGUGAAUUCUACAUGUUGGAGGCUGAGAUGAACUUUAUGCAUGACCUCGACACGCUUACUGACUCGGUUGAGCAUAUUCUCCGUGACCUGACUCGCCGGUUAUACGAUUCGCCUGUUGGCCAAGAGAUAUUAUCCGCGAAACGAUCGGGCGAGGCCGGACAGGAGGGUACAGAGGAAUCUUAUUCGGUGCUUCGACAAAGAUGGCACGACUUGAUGAACGGGCCUAGGUGGCAACGCAUGACGUAUAAGCAGGCCAUGGAGAGCCUCGAAGACGCAAUCUCCAAGGGCAGUGCAUCGUUCGAGCAUGCCCCCACUUGGGAAGGUGGGCUGCAGCUCGAACAUGAAAGAUACAUUGUCGACGUCCUGUGCAACGGUCGUCCGGUGUUUGUAACAGACUACCCCAAGGAGAUUAAGCCAUUCUACAUGCUGCCCUCCGAGGCAGUGGAAGGGGAGCCAUCAUCUACAGGCAAAACAGUUGCCUGUUUCGAUCUGCUGCUACCUGAGGUUGCUGAGGUCGCAGGAGGGUCUCUCCGUGAACACCGACUGCCCAAUAUCAUCCAGAACAUGCGUGAUCACGGGCUAGUCAAGCCACGCACGCAACCUGAAUCUCCCCCGGAGUCCUCCUCGGCCAGUGAGAGUCCCGAGGCCGAGGAACCACUGUAUCCUUAUCUCCAAGCCAACGAAGAUCUCGGUCACCUGCAGUGGUAUGCUGACCUCCGACGCUGGGGAACAGCCCCCCACGGCGGCUUUGGACUUGGAUUUGACAGAUUCCUGGGCUACCUGGCCGGCGUAUCGAGUGUCCGGGACGUGGUAUCAUUUCCCCGAUACUUUGGCAGAGCAGACUGCUAGGAGCAUCAUUCCGGGCAAGCUACCCGUUUAUCUAGAUGUAUAAUAAUGUAUUACUACGAGAUAUCCAUGCAAAUAGACCUCUCAACCAUCCAUUCACAGGAUAUAGUUUAGACGAGUAACGU